AUGCAGCCGACGUGUUCCAAUGGAUUCUGCAGCACCGCAUUCCCAUAUUAUCUUCACGGGACUCAGCGCCAUCAUGCAUGCCGACAGGAUUCUGCGUGGCCAAUAUCGGCUGGGCUGAGCUCGUGUUUGCGGAGAAAAGUGCUCCUCCUGCGGCAUAGGCUCAUGCAUACAAUGUCGACUGUGGUAAAGGCUCAACAAUGGCUUCCACGCACUCGCUUGUAUUACGCUGGCAUUGGUCGCCGCAGUGCGAUCGCGCCUUGGCCUGCUUUAAGCGAUGUUUGCAGAAACCCAUUUCGUUCAAAGCCGAUUGACGCCUGA